GUAUUUUACGAAAUCGAGAUUAUCUUGAAAUGUGAGUUUUGUUAUAUCGAAUAUUUGAAGGAUUCGCUGUAAUAAUGGAUUUAAUUCGAAAGUAUACGAGUGUGAAAGGAACUUUUGUGAAAAACGGAGAUCGAUGUUUUAAUUAGUAAUUUAAUCAAUAUUUUAUGAUCCUUGUUAGAUGCCUAAUUAGAUUUUUCCGUGUCGGAGUCUGUAAUGCAUGUAAAUUUUAAGAUUUUUUUGUAUGAAAAACUUUGUAAAAAAUUUAAUUUUUGAAUGCAUAAAAUUUGAUAGAAUAUCACACAAAUAUUCAGCAAUGUAUUAAAAAAAAUUACUUAAUACAUUCUUUACAAAAUUCGAUAAAUUUAAGAAAAAACUUUUUUGUUCGAUUAUAGCGGAAAUUCCAUCGCAGGCGCGCUCGCUCAUCCGAACGAAACGAAGUAAUGCGCGGCUAUGCUUUUAUUAUGUAAUAAUAUUUAUUAAGACAUUAAUGGUCAGGUUACAUUCCUCUCCGGAUAGCGUGAUUGGUACGUUGCUAUUGUUGUUUACGUUUCCAGGUACGAUCGCCCGCCUCCUCAUCACUUGUCGCGAGUCGGUACAACCGUGCGGUUCUCUGUUAUUUUUCAAUCUUGCUCUCGAGAUUUUCUUCUCGCAAAAAGCGAGAAUACUAUCUUUCAACCUGACAGAGAAAUCGAAAACUGAAAGAACUGAAAGAAGAACAGAGUCCUUCUGCACUCAAAUAUUUUUUUAGUUUUUGUUUAAAUUUUUUUUUUUUUCGGAAAGUCAUCGCGCGAUGGUGAGCAAGUUCUGGUGCCAGGAGAUCGGGCGCCGAUGGCGUCAGGCGGGCAAGCAACAGCCGCCGCAGGCCCGUCUGAUGACGGAACCGAAGUGCCAGUCGCACGUAGCCAGCUGGUACGUGACCUAUCGAUGGAUCAUCUUUUACGUGUGGGCCGGCUUCUUCGUUUGCUCCGUGGGCGAGUUCGGCAGCUACAAUCCGCUGAAGCAGUACGAGAAGUGGCUGAUUUACCUGACGAAUUGGGACGUGGUGCUAGGCUUCACGCAGGCGUCGAUCGGCCUUUACCUCGUGCUCAAGCGCUGGUACCUGCAGAAAGUGACGAGCUUCGAUGCCUGCCUGCUCAGGCUCGAGUUCACCGAGCGGCUGUACUGGUUCCUGUACGUCGUCACCACGAACAUGGCGAUCGGCGUGACGGUAUGCUACUGGGUCACCGUGUACGAUCCGAAGAUCCACGCUCUCGACCCGCUCAACAUCAUGAUGCACGUGUGCAACAGCGUACUGAUGUUGAUCGACCUGUUCGUCACCAGCAUACCGUUUCGCCUGCGAAAUUUCUGGUGGUGCCUGUCGAUCGUCAUGUGCUACGUGAUCUUCUCUGUGAUCUACUACAGCGCCGGCGGCCUCGACAAGCACGGUAACCACUACAUUUACGCGGUACUCGACUGGAAGCAGCCCAAGCGAACGUCGCUCGUCUGCGUCGGCGGUUUCACUUUUGUCACGCUGCUCCACUGCGUCACGUGCACGCUGGCGUACGCCAGGGAUCGGAUCUACCGCAGGAUCGACGAGAGAUUCAAAAAACGAAAACGGACAAACGAGACGGACGACAAAUCACUUCCAGAAAAGCAAGCGGAAAUGGUUUAAUUCGCUUUUGGCUUAGUUGACAGAAUGUUUGAACAGAUUUAGACAAUCGUCUCCGUUCGAAUGGUGUUUUUUUUUUCUUAAUUUGAGCGCAGACCAUUAAGGCAGCUUAGUAUUCGGCAAGGAAGGGUGAAACGUGCCUUGUUGACAGCUAUGCCUCUGAAUAGAGUUCUCCCCCCUCCCCCCCCCCUGCGAGUGACCAUUGUGCUCACUUAGCUUGCGUGCUCACAGAAACGGUGAAGUAUUAAUAGGACGUUAACAGGGUGAUGUGUAAUACGAUCAGGCAGAUUUUUUGCGUGAUUCGGCGGAUUCCGUCUUCGGCAAUGUCUAGUGAAAGAGAACAAUAAUUAUCAUUAACGAUAUCGACGAGAAUGUUCCGAUUGUAAAGUUAUUCCCGAUUUGUAAAAGUGAAGAUUUAUAACAUUUAACGUUAACAUCGCGAUUUUGAAGACCAAAAUGUGUUUAAGAGCUCAACAUCCGUUUACGCGUUUCACCGUGCGAGAGUUCCUACCUAGUCUAAUCUUUUUUUAAUUUAUAGACGCCCUGUAAAAUUAUCGAAAUCAAUUGAUAGAAGUAAUUAAAAACAUCUUCCAACUUUCUUUGACGCAACACAUGUAUAUUAGUGAUGAGCGGUAUUUUCAUCUCUGUUAUUUUGUAACUGUUAUCGAAAGCUCACUGUUGUAACUGAUUAUCAAUUUUCUCUAAUACCAGUUAUUUUAUAACUCUGUACGUAUUCUAUUCGUCGUUUCGGAAUGUAAUCUAAAAAAAUUUUUCUAGGAAUUCCCUAUCCAAUAAUUAAUCGGCACAUUCAACAAAUUUAUGACAGAUAAAAGGUUUGUUCGCGUCGCAUGUUCCAAUACGCUUCAAUCUAUAAUUUAUAUAUGCAUCAUAAAGAAACCAGCUAAUUAUGCUUUUAAUAUAUAGAAUAUGAUAAUGUGACGUUUUUUAUAUUAAAUAUGAUAAGUAGUUUCUCUAUGCAUAUGCAUUAUAUUCUGCAAAUUUAUCUUAAUAGAUCGUAUCAAAUAACUGUUAUAAAAUAACUGUUUAAAUGAUGAGUUAUUUCUGGGCAACGAUAACCGUUGUAACCGUUAUAGAAAAAUAACUAUUUAGCUCAUCGCUAAUAUAUGUAGAUAAAUGCGCGAGCAAAGCGUAAAAAGAUGGACGUCUUUUAACGCGUCUAACCUUUUGUACAUUCCAUUGUCUUUUUUACUAUAAUAAGUAGUGAUAGAUAAAUAAUUGUGUAUUGCCGAGCGAUAUGAUUUAUUCCUCUGCGUUAUCGCAAAGAAAGGUAUUAAACUGCAUGGAUCUUGUAUAAUGCGAUAUGAUGUAAAUUGUAUCACGACUGACAAGUGUGAGAGAUCUUGUGCAUUUUGACGUAUAUGCAUGUGUAUACGUAAAUAUUGAAAUUAAAACGUGCCGAGGAAAAGUUGAUAAAUAGUAAAAUUGCUUGUAGACGUGAUAUAUCAGUGUUACAGCUGGAUAAUAAAGUAUAGAUGAUUUUUAUGAAAAAUA